AUGAUCCUCAACGGGGCCCUGGUCCUGGGCCUCCACACCUUGAUGACCCUUCUGAACCCCCAGGAAGUUGGGGCCAUCAGGGCUGACCACAUGGGCUCCUAUGGACCAGCCUUCUACCAGUCUUAUGAUGCCUCGGGUCAGUUUGCCUAUGAAUUUGAUGGGGAACAGCUGUUCUCUGUGGAGCUGAAGAACAGGGAGGCUGUGUGGCGUCUGCCCGAGUUUAGCAACUUCACCUACUUUGACCCAAUGAAUGGGUUCAGAAGCAUCGACAUUAUCAAAGCCCAUCUGGACAUGUUGGUGGAACGUUCCAACCGUACCAGAGCCACCACAGUGCCUCCAAGGGUGACCGUACUCCCCAAGUCUCGAGUGGAGCUGGGCCAGCCCAAUGUCCUCGUUUGCAUGGUGGACAACAUCUUCCCCCCUGUGAUCAACAUCACCUGGCUGCGCAAUGGUCACUCGAUCACCAAGGGGGUGGUCCAGACCAGCUUCUAUUCCCAGCCUGACCAUACAUUCCGGAAGUUCCACUACCUGACCUUUGUGCCCUCUGCAGACGACUUCUAUGACUGCAAAGUGGAGCACUGGGGCCUGGAAGAGCCCCUCUUCUUGCACUGGGAGCCUUUGGUGACUGCCCCACGGCCCGACACCACAGAGACCCUGGUCUGCGCCCUGGGUCUGGCCUUCGGCCUGCUGGGUUUCCUCGUGGGCACCAUCCUCAUCAUCAAGGGCACACGCUUGUCCAGUGCUCCCAGGGAUGAAGAGUAG